AUGGUGGGUACUAGCAAUUCGUUGGCGGGUCUACAAGAUCACUUGAAAUUAGCGAGAGAAUACGCACUAGAAGGAUCCUACGACACUUCUGUCAUCUUCUUCGAUGGUGCCAUUGCUCAGAUCAACAAGCAUUUAAACACACUUGAUGAUCCUAUGACGCGGACGAAAUGGAUGAACGUUAAAAAGGCCGUAAUGGAAGAGACUGAAGUUGUGAAGCAAUUAGAUGCAGAGAGGAGAGCAUUUAAAGAAGCUCCCACUGGUCGUCGUGCUGCUUCUCCGCCUAUCAAUACCAAAUCAUCUUUCGUUUUCCAGCCUUUGGAUGAGUAUCCAACAUCAUCCGGUGGUGGUGGUGGUCCGAUGGAUGAUCCUGAUGUGUGGAGGCCUCCUACUCGUGAUGUUUCUAGUCGAAGACCCGCGAGGGCUGGUCAAAGUGGUAUGAGAAAGUCACCUCAAGAUGGGGCUUGGGCUCGUGGCCCAACAACACGGACGUCUCCAGCUACUCGAGGUGGAAGAGGUGGUGCUGCUGGUAAGUCUACUGCAGCUGCUCGCUCUACAACUGCCGGAAAGAAAGGAGCUUCCUCAAAAUCUACCAAGGCAGAUUCUACGAAUGGCGAUGGGGAAGAUGGGAAGGUAAAAAGAGGAUUGUAUGAGGGACCUGAUGAGGACCUGGCAGCUAUGCUUGAAAGGGAUGUGUUGGACUCAACUCCAGGUGUCCGUUGGGAUGAUGUUGCAGGUUUGGCCGAAGCCAAAAGGCUGCUUGAAGAGGCUGUUGUCCUUCCUUUAUGGAUGCCUGAAUACUUUCAGGGUAUUCGAAGGCCGUGGAAAGGAGUUCUCAUGUUUGGUCCACCUGGGACAGGUAAAACUCUGUUGGCGAAAGCGGUUGCAACAGAGUGUGGUACCACUUUCUUCAACGUCUCUUCUGCUACAUUAGCUUCAAA